GAUAAAUGAUAGAUGAAGAAGGAGAGAGAGCUGAGGAUGCAGGUUUGGUCUGAAACACAACCACCCGUCGACUGGUCUCGUAGCAUCGCCCACACAGCAAAGAGACGCUAAAACCCGAAGGACGAUCCAACUUCCACUAGCCCUCAGCAGCCGAGGAGAUGUAUCCCCAAAAGGUCUGAUUCAGACAUCUCUUCAGAGGAGCAUCCCGCCCGAAGAAUUCACUCCGACAGGCACCCUGAUACAUGCCAGACAUGAUGCUCGGAUCUCUCAGAUAUGGGACAGCAGUUGGAUUGAUAUUACUAAACUCGCUGGUUCGUGCAUCUCAAUCCACGGAGGAAGGGAUAUUUACAAAUCAUCUCUUGGUUCAAUUGCAUGAAGGCGCACACGAUGAAGCGCACCAACUUGCAACGGAGCACGGGUUUCAAAGCUCCCGGAAGCUUCCCUUUGGAGAGGGCCUUUUUCACUUCUACCCCCAGGACACCCCUCAGAGGAGGAGCAAACGCAGCCUUCGGCACAGACAGCGUCUGGAGAAAGACCGCAGGGUAAAGAAUGUGUUGGACCAGGAGGGCUUCGGCCGACAGAAGCGAGGCUACAGAAGCAUCAACGAAAUUGACGUCAAAAUUACCGACCCCCUAUUCAGCAAACAGUGGUAUCUGAUCAACACGGGCCAGGCUGAUGGGACCCCUGGACUGGACCUCAAUGUGGCCGAGGCUUGGGGACUGGGCUACACCGGGAGAGGCAUCACCAUAGCCAUCAUGGACGAUGGGAUCGACUAUCUCCACCCAGAUCUUGCAUCAAACUACAACGCCGAGGCCAGCUAUGACUUCAGCAGCAAUGACCCAUACCCAUACCCCCGCUACACUGACGACUGGUUUAACAGUCAUGGAACAAGGUGUGCUGGUGAGGUGUCUGCAGCAGCCAACAACAACAUCUGCGGAGUCGGAGUGGCCUACAACUCUAAGGUGGCAGGUAUCCGCAUGCUAGACCAACCCUUCAUGACGGACAUCAUCGAGGCAUCGUCCAUCAGCCACAUGCCCCAGGUCAUUGACAUCUACAGUGCCAGUUGGGGGCCCACCGAUGACGGCAAGACAGUAGACGGACCCCGAGAGCUCACUCUGCAGGCCAUGGCUGACGGAGUCAACAAGGGCCGAGGAGGGAAAGGCAGUAUCUACGUGUGGGCAUCUGGAGACGGCGGUAGCUAUGACGACUGUAACUGUGACGGUUACGCCUCCAGCAUGUGGACCAUCUCCAUCAACUCAGCAAUCAACGAUGGUCGUACAGCUCUGUACGACGAGAGCUGCUCCUCCACCCUCGCAUCCACCUUCAGCAAUGGGCGCAAGAGGAACCCUGAAGCUGGCGUGUCUUCCAUGGUUGUGUUAUACCAGGCCACCACGGACCUGUAUGGAAACUGCACCCUGCGCCACUCUGGAACAUCAGCAGCAGCUCCUGAAGCAGCCGGAGUGUUUGCCUUGGCAUUGGAGGCCAACCCCAACCUGACAUGGAGGGACAUGCAGCACCUGUCUGUGCUGACCUCCAAGAGAAACCAGCUUCAUGAUGAGGUGCACCAGUGGCGGAGGAACGGCGUGGGCCUGGAGUUCAACCACCUGUUUGGUUACGGUGUGCUGGACGCUGGCGGCAUGGUCAAGAUGGCCAAGGAGUGGAAGACCGUCCCUGAGCGUUUUCACUGCGUGGCUGGAUCAUUGCAGGAUGUCCAUAAGAUCCAGUCGGGUGACAAGCUGAUCCUGGCCAUCUCCACUGACUCCUGCCAGGGGAAGGACAACUUUGUCCGCUACCUGGAGCAUGUUCAGGCCGUGAUCACCGUCAAUGGCAGUCGCCGUGGUGACCUCAACAUCAACAUGACCUCCCCCAUGGGCACCAAGUCCAUCCUACUAAGCCGCCGGCCCCGGGACGACGAUGCCAAGGUGGGCUUCGACAAGUGGCCCUUCAUGACUACCCAAACCUGGGGAGAGGACCCCCGCGGGACCUGGGUCCUGGAGGUGGGCUUCCAGGGAAACGAGCCACAGAGGGGUGUCCUGAAGGAGUGGACCCUCAUGCUGCACGGAACACAAAGUGCUCCUUACAUAGACCAGAUAGUGCGUGACUACCAGUCCAAAUUAGCCAUGUCCAAAAAGGAGGAGUUGGAGGAAGAGCUGGACGAGGCGGUGGAGAGGAGCCUGAAGAGCCUGCUGAGUAAAAACUAGCUGACGUAGCUAACUAAACACCGUCUGGUCAGGUCAGCAUGCCGGGCCACUCUCUCUCUCUAUUUCUUUCUCUCACUCCCCCUCUCUUCUCUCCUAUCUUUCUCUCACUUUCCCUUUCUCUCACCAAAUAACUUUCUCUCCCUCUCUUGCCCUCUCUCACACUUUCUCUCCUCCCUCCCUUUCUCUCCUCUCUCUCAUUGACUUUCUCUCCUUCUCUCCCCUCCCUCCCUUUUCUCAGCUUUUUGUUUUUCUGUGUUUAUAUUAGCCCUCCACUUUCGAUAGAUGUUUCUUGUAAUCCGAUUAUGAUAAAAGUGUAACCUUCAAAUAAUCUGUUCUAUAGAGAAAACUAAAAGAUCCCAUCUUGCUUUCUGUCUAUGUUUUUUACACUUUACUAAAAUGUAUAUAAACAGAAUAUAUCCACUAUAUGGUGUUAUUGCAUUUCCCCGCCCCUCCACCUCUGGUAAAACAACUAUUGUACAGUUUGUGACUGUAAACAAUUUUCUGUGUCAUUCUUAAAGUUGAAUAUCUUGCAAUCAGAGCAGUGAUACUUCUUUCUGUUUAUAUUUUUGUGACAAGCAACUGUUUCUAUAUAAACAAGACAAGGAACGUGUGAUUAAUUUUGACGCCUGUGCACCUAAAAAAGUAUACCAUAAUAAAUCUAUUCAGCUGUU